UAUUACGAUUACCAUUAUUAUUUUGGUGUUUUUUUUUCUCUCUUUCGCGUUAUUUCGCGUUUUAUUCGUUCGGCCCGGAACAUCCAUCAUACGGUUAUUACUCUUGUUACAGUGGACGUCACUAUAACCGACGGUGUUGGCUCGGCCGUUCAAUAAAUAAACAAUCGAUUCAUCUUGUUUUCAAUUAAUUAUAAACGAAUUACUUAUCGGCUAUUAUUGUCCGCUACGCCGCUGCCGGUCGCACGUGUCCGUCCGACGAUAAUAAUAUUUCCGACUCAUGAGUGCCGCGGCCGUCACCGUGACCGACGACGCUACGCGUCCCGGUUACAAAACGGACGUCGAAGCUUUGGUGUUCGACUUCGGAUCGGAGUCGUUCCGCGUGGGCUAUGCACGCGACGAGUUACCGAGGGUUAACGUACCGUCUUGGGUCGGCGUCUCCCGCGAUGGUGUGCCGGACACCGGUCCGCUGGAACGCGGUGCCGGGCGAGCCAAUCGUAUUACCGGAGCCGCGUCAAGUGCCGCCAAGUAUUACGUGGACGUCACCACGCUGUGCGUACCUCGGCCAGGUAACGUUAACGUUAUAUUGCUCACGACGGAUAAACGCGAUCGCCCUGCGCAAAUUCACGCCGGCGGAUCGUAAACAAAUCAUAAAUUGUAACUGUUGUCGCGACUAGAGUACUAUAGACGUUACGGAACGAUUACACAAAUCGAACCUCAAAAUUCCGAAACCUGUUUGUGCUACGGUUACCUAGGUACGCAAUCGCGUUGUUGCCGGUGUGCGUACACUGGUAGAUUUUCGUUUUUCCCAAUAGGUAUAAUCGGCGAAAUCUACAGGUAAUCUUGGUAAUUGUUGGGAUAAUCGUGGUAUUCUAGAAUCUUGUGUAGGUACACAACAUUAUUCAGCGAUUCAUACACCGGGUGUACUGUGAUUUCAUUAUGAAAAAUGCAAAAUGCUUAAUUUAACGUUGCUUCAUUAGUUGGUAAAAAUUGAAUAACCUUUUAUUUAAGAUCAAAUAGAAUGUAGGUGUAUUUUUAGAACUUUAAUGAAUUUUAAAAAGUUAAAUAUUACUUAUACCGACAUACACUAUGUGUCUUCUAUUUUUUGUUUUUUAAUUUCGAUUCCAGACACUGAAGUAUACAGUUGCAUGAAAGACGGCUUGAUAGAAAAUUGGGAUUUGUUUGAACAAAUUUUGGAUUACUGUUACUCAAAGUGUUUGUUGAUGAAUUCAGAUCUCCAUCCGGUAUUGUUCAGCGAGUCACCAUUGAACACCAGAUCCAAAAGAGAGGCAUUAAUAGAGUUGAUGUUUGAAAAGUAUAACGUCCCGGCUAUUUAUUUUUGUAAAAAUGUAGUUUUGGCCGCAUAUUCUAGUGGUCGCUCAUCGGCUAUUGUUCUUGAUAGUGGUGCAACACACACUACUGCCGUUGCCAUACAUAAUGGUUAUGUUUUACCCAAUACCCUUGUCAGUACACCAUUUGGUGGAGAUUUUAUUACCAAACAGUGUUCCCAGUUCUUAGCAGUAAGUCUAAUAAAAGUUUUGGUAUAUUUUUGUUGAAAAUAUAUUUUCUAAUUCUUUUUAAAAAUUCUAUUGUCUAUAGAACAGUAAUAUUCAAAUAAUUCCAUAUUAUAUGAUUAGAAGUAAACAACGAGUCCAAGAUAAAGAACAACCAAUAUGGACAUGUAAAAAUGUACUUCCCAAAGUGUCAUAUUCUUGGCAUAAUUAUAUGUGCAGGUCAGUUGUUCAAGAUUUUCAGCAAUCUGUAUUGAAGGUACUAGAAAUUCCCAAUGAUGAGAGGAUAACAAAUUUUCCACAGCCUAAUUAUGAAUUUCCAAAUGGCUAUAAUCAAGUAAUGAUACUACAAUCAGAAAAUAUUUUUUUUUUUUUUUUAUGUAUCGGAGUUUACAGUGAUGUGUGAUUUUUUAAAUUGUUUUAAUUUUUUCUGUCUGUGUACACCUUUUCUACCAACAAUUUUACUCCCAUCUAUAAACGUUAAGAGCUUUUUUUAGCAUUUUGGAUCUAUAAUAAUAUUAUUGGAAAAAAUGUAUAUAACUCUGACUUACUUAUGACAUAAACAUUUUUAUUAUUAUCAAUUUUGUUUUUUGUUGUAGUUUGGUUAAUAAUAAUCAUAGAGACUUGAAAUUUUAACACAAGAUUCAUUGUAUUUUUUUAAGCAUUUUCAAAUUUGUAUGAAUAUCAUAAAAAUUACUGCAUUUUAAAUUAUGUUUAAAUGAACUAAGCUGAGAAUUUGACUACAAUGAUUUAUCAUUGUGUACAGAUUUAAAUUAUGUAACUUUAUUAUAUCCUCUGUAUCCUACCUUCAACAGUAGCACACCCAUCAGCAAUAUCAACUCUUUUUUUAAAUUUUAAUUUCUAUAAUUUAAAAUAAAAUUUGAAUUUGAAUUUUUUUUAUUAUUUAUCAAUGUAUUCAUUAUAAACUAAAUUAUAGUAACAAUAAUAUAUCCAAUACUUUCCUGAUAUCCUAAACACAGUUGACACACAUGGAUAAGGUCCAUGAUGCAAAAUUUAUCUAUCCUCUUAUUGUCAUUAUUGGUCCCGUGUAUCUAAGUAUGACAUAAAUGUGCGGAUUUAUUUCUUUCUUUAAAUCAAUAUAUUUUAUACAUCUAAUAGAAAUAUUGAAAUUGGAUGAUUCUUUUAAAGUAAUUUUAGUUUUGAAAAUGAUUGAAUGCAAUUAGUGUCUUGGUAACCAUGCGAUUAGGUUUUCAAGUUAUAUUCACUAAUUUUUAAUUUAUUGAUUUGUGCUGGAUUUAUAUUUAUAUUUAAAAAAAUUAAUAAAAAAACUGAUAUACUUCACAUGAUGGUUGGGCUACUGUUGUAGAAGAGAAGUUGGAAGGUAGGAUAUAGAGGAGACUUUAUUGUAUAUCUUUAUACAACAAUUAAUCUUUACUAAUAAAAACCAUUUCUGAGUAGAGUUUGUUUAUACAUGUUUAAAAGGCUGUAAUAUUACGAUUGUUGUCAAAAUUUGAUAUUAAAAUUCUUAUAAAAAAAAUUUAUAAGUAUUACAUUAAACUCAACUUUUUCUUGUUGAUCACUAUGUUCAACUUGUAAUGAACUUUCUAUUAAAUUGUCAAGCAUUUCUAUUUGGUCUAACAAUUUUAUCCUCAGAGUACCUACUGAAUAAACAUUACCUAUGUCUACAAAUGGCUCAAAUCUGACUCAAAAAUGACUCAAUCAAAAGUGGUUAGUCUCUACAAAUAUUUUUAACUGAAUUAAAAUAAAAAAACAAAAUCAAUAUUUUCGACAUUUUACCACUUUUACUUGUUUUUUUUUUUCGGGUUUUCCCCUUUGGUUGAAAUAAAUGACCUUGCUCUUGUAGCACUAAAGAAAAUUCCCUUUCAGAAAAGGUGCUAUACUUGAUACUUCGGUGCAAGAUUUCUGGUAGAAUUUUUGCACACAAUAUAAAAAAAUAAACAUCAUUGUAAACCAUUAUAUUUCUGGCUCUGCUCAGAAUCUAUAAUAGACAAAAAUAAUAUCAAAUAGGAAAAAAAAUGUGUUGGAAAAAUCAGUAGUGGACUAACUGCAAUGAUGAUAAAAAUCAUCAUGUCAAAAAUUAAAUAAACAGUGGACAAAAUGAAGGAAGGUUAGGUUAUUUUAGGUUUUUUUGUUUAAAUAGAAAAUGAAAUUUGAUUUAAAAAAAAAAAACAAUCAAUGCUUAUACAAGUUAUCAUUUAAGAUCAGAUAUCAGUUCACAACUUUUUUUCCUACCAUAUAUAUUUCAGAUUUUUGAAGAUGGCAGUUAAAGGGGAAUAAAAACUUAAAAUUAUAAAUUAAAUAGGAACCUAUGAAUAUCUUGUGAUUUAAGUGAAGAAAUGAAACAUUCCACUAUUAUGUAUUUUAUUAUUUAUUAGGGAAGAGAAAAAUCAUAAUAAUUAACAGUUCCAUCAUACCAAUAUAUUUUCUAUUUUUAUUAAAUAAUUUACUUGGUUAUUGAUAAAUAUUUAAAAAAAAAAUUUUCCUUUUUAGAAUUCUUAGCCCCUUUUUUUUAGAAUUUAAUUGCUAUAAGUACCGAAUCCUGCUUAUUAGUUUUUAUUAUAUAGAGUUAUUUAUUCAAUAAAUAUAUUUCAACAUGGCAUAUUAUACAAGGGAAAAAUUAUAUGUAAGCUAUCAAACAUCUACGGAUCCAUCCCCUGCAUUUAUAGAACCGGCUUUAUGAAAAUAUAUCUCCACAAGUCAAGAGAUUAUUAAUUGUGGGCCAAUUCAGUUUAUUGGAACUGUACAUUCUAUUUUGUAUAUAAUUUAUUACAUUAAAAUUAAAAAUAAUUCAAUUAACACUCACAAAGCAAUUUUUAAUGAAUUGAAAUAUAUAUCAUGAUUUGUUAUAUUUUGUAUCAUAUAUUGCCUCUGGUAUUUUUGGAAUUUUUGGUAAAAUAUAAAAAUCACUCACAUAUUAACAUACAUACAUAGUAAAACCUCUAAAUAAGAACACUUUUUAGUAUUGAUAUUGGAUCAUUUUUAUUGUAAAUUAAGAAUAAUUGCAGAAUACUUAAAUAAAAGUCUACACUAUUAAGUUAUUUGUUAUUACUAUGUACAUAUGUUACUACUAUGUACAUAUGUUAUUACUAUGUAUAUAUGUUAUUAUACUGUACAUGACAUAUAUUUUAUAUUAUCCAUCCAUUCAUUGACAUAUUACCAGAUUAAAUGUUAUAACCUAAAGAUAUAUUUAAUUAAUGUAAAAAUAAAAUUUAUUUGAUUAAUUAAUUUAAUAUAAAUACAGUUUCUCCCUCUAAAUAAUAGACACCUCUGAAUAGUAAAUAGAAUUUCAGUGAUUGAGAGUUUCACUGUUUAUAUUCACUAUUACUAUAUAUAUAUAUUAGGUAUAUGUAGCUAAUUUCUGAUUUUAGUUUUGAAUUAUAUAUCUAAUAUUUAAUAUAUAUUAAUUUUUAAUAUUUACAAUAUUAAAACCAACUUACAUAUAACACUAUUAUGCAAUUAAAAUAUUUAUAUUUUUAGACAUUUGGCAAUGAAAGAUUCAAAAUUCCAGAACUUUUAUUUAAUCCUCACCAGAAAAUGGGUGGUGCCACAGUUAGCAUUGGUCAAAUUAUUAUUUCCAGUUUAGGAAAAUGUGACAAAGAUCUAAGACCAUAUUUAUGUAACAAUAUCGUUGUCACUGGUGGAAAUUCAUUAAUACAAGUAAAUUAUUACCAAAGUAUUAUCUAAUUGGUUAUUGAUAGAUGAUAAUUAUUAAAUAAGUAAAAAGAAGACAAAAAUUAUUAUACUGUGAUAAUUAAUUAUGAUUAAUGUUUAUGUUUUGAAAAGGGUUUUCCAGAGAGAUUGAAUUAUGAUGUUUCUGUACUUGCUCCGGCUAACACAAAAUUGAAAGUAAUUGCACCUUCUUCAUCUACUAAAAGGCGUUUUGCCGCAUGGCAUGGUGGAUCAAUAUUAGGCUCUGUUGAUGUUUUUCAUGAUAAGUGGAUAAGUCGCCAAGAAUAUAACAUCCAAGGUAGAAGUCUAGUUGAUAAAUUAAGAUAUCUUUGAUAAUGUUUUGAUUUGCAUUUAUAUGCGUACAUUAUGU